GGAAUUAUGUGUAUGCCCAGUAUUCAUGCAGUGUUUUUGGUCUCCAGAUGAGUUUGAGAAGUACUGCAGUGACGUGGAGCACACAGCAGCUUGGGGUGGACAACUGGAAUUGCGAGCUUUGACUCAAGUUCUUCUCUUGCCAAUGGAAGUGAUCCAGGCUGACUCCCCACCUAUACAAAUCGGAGAGGAAUUUGAUAGUGAACCUGUCACCCUAAUAUAUAUGCGUCACGCCUAUGGACUAGGAGAGCACUACAACUCUGUGGAGCAGCUAAAGGAUCCCGCUAAUGCAGAGGACAGCUGAGAGACAAGCCAGUCUUGGUGUGACUUAAACCAAUGUGUGUGAUUCAGAGUUUGUUCAAACAGCUCACACCAAGGGACCCUAAAUACAAUCGUAUUUCGAAGGAGACCCCCCCCCCCUCAUUUAAGACAUUGUUAAGCUGAGGUUAACGGAGAAGCUGGUUGUUUCCAACACACAGUGGUAGGUCUUAGAAGUCAAAAGAUAUCAGCGGGGAGAGUGAUAUAUAUUUCUGUAGACAGUAUCACUGUGUGUAAGAAAAAAAGCAUAAAAGGGAAAUUCAUGUGAAUUAACAAUGUUUUGGGAAGCAAAGUUGUACCAUAAUAGUUAGGAGAGGAUGUAAGAGCUAUUGAUCAUUAAUUUGACUCCAAAUGUUAACAGUCAGUGAGGGGUUGACAAACUGAACUGAAUUGUGGAACUUGUGAAUCAUAUCAAUGUUACAUAAACUCAUAAAAUACUAAUAAGGUAUUCAACUGCUUUGUUUUUAAUAUUUCUGAUGAGUAAGAUAUUAUCAUAAAUACUGUUUGCAACAUGAGACUGUGAAACAGCCAUUUUAACCUGCAGUGACCAGCAGGAGGCAUGCACACAUCUAUUCAUUCUAGGCAUGUGUGAAGCAAAAGUUAUCUGUUGAAAAUGAUUAAAUACUUGCAUGAACCUCAAACAAGCUGUCACUUUUAAAGCAGAUAUUGUCUCACUCAGGGUAAUGUCUGCGUAUUGUAAACGGUACACAUAUACC